CUCGCCUUCCUGUGGCCCUAGGCUUGAGAACCUCUUUCUGAUUGCAGCUUGUCUUGUCCAUGUGACUUGGUUUCCGUUGCCUGCAUGCUUCCGUGAAUAGUUAAAAGAGGCAUUGGUGCUUCACUCAGAGCAGAGAAAAGCAGCUGAACCUCGCACAUGAGAAGACACUCUGCAACAGCGAGUCAACCAGCGAUAUGGUCAGAGGAUCAACCGUCAGUGGCUUGGGAAAUCCACACCUAACCACCAGUUGAGGAUGUUAAAAUGCCAGUCCACAGGCUCACUCCCCUCCUGCUAUGCUUGUUACCCAUGUGGAGAAUACUGACGCCAGUCUCAAGUCAUCCACAACACAGCCGAUGCCAGCUGAUACAAAGAACGGCUCUCUGCAACAAUGGCAAGCUCUCCUUCGUGCCUAAAGAACUGCCAGACAACAUAGAGGAGCUUCAGCUCAACUACAAUCACAUUCAUACACUACAUUCACCUCUCCUUUAUCCCUCAAUAAAAACCCUGAGUUUAGCUUGUAAUAGUUUGGAGAAAUUAGAAUCAAAUACUUUUCAAGACUCAAAAUUCUUAGACAGCCUCAAUUUAGCAAAUAACAAUCUUCAUAUUGGGUAUCAAGAAAGCAGCCGCGCAUUAAAGACUCUGCCCAGGCUCAGAGCUCUGGAUCUCUCUGAGAAUAAGCUUGAUGAUGAAAUGGCGGCCACUCUUCUCCAAAAUCUGACAUCCCUUGAGUAUCUUAAUCUUUCUGGAAACCUCCUGCAGAGACUGGAUGAGACUUCUUUCAGGGAUCUUCACAAACUGAAAGAACUAGACCUACAGAGAAACAUCAUGUUCGAGAUUGAUGGCGCCUUCGACAGCAAUCCCAAGCUCAAGCGGCUCAACUUGGCCUUCAAUUAUCUGCCUUGCCUGAUUGACUUCCACAUGACCCAGCUGGUGGUCCUCAACGCCAGCCACAACUUCAUCGAGUGGUUCAUCUCCACACAAGACCUUAACGACACUUUCCAGCUGGAGACACUUGACCUAUCAGAUAACAAACUGCUCUUCUUUCCUUUCUUGCCCAACCAGAGCCACUUGCGGAAUCUUUACCUAUCUCACAACAGCAUUAGGUUUUAUGAACACUUGACAGACAACACCACAUUCCUGAACUUGACUACAACGGUGGAGUUCUACAAUCUGAAGACAUACAUGAGCAACGUGACGGCAAAGCUGUGGGACGAGAGCCUUCAUGGUGACAUCUCCUCUCUAGAGAUUUUGGAUCUAAGAGGAAACCAGGUGGAGUAUUUCCCACGAGGAUUUAUUCACAAAAUGCCUGCCCUGUCCAGACUUCGAAUGUGCACAAACUGUCUAGAAACCUUAAAUCUAACGUCAGAACAGUUCUCUGGUAGCUUGUACGAGUUGGACUUCAGCAACAACAGGCUGAACCAGAUUGUAGCAGAUGAAAAUACGCUGACUACUUUUGACAAUUUGACGUACCUUAACCUGAGCCUGAAUGAUCUUGAGUGGUUACCCUCAGGAUUAUUUUCCUCUUUGCCAAGCCUGAGGUCAGUGGAUCUCAGUUAUAACAACAUUGACAUUUGCCCUCCUGAUAAAGCUGAGACCAGUACAAACAAUAUCUCAUUUUGUGUGGAUUGGAAAAAUGUUAUAUCCCUAAGGCAGCUUUACCUUAAGGGAUGCAACCUUGAAAGAGUUCCGUCAUCUGCGUUCGCUGGGCUGCCUCUAACACACUUGGAACUGUCCGACAACCCAGGACUCAUUGCCCAAGAAUCAAUACAAAGUCUUAGCAGAACGUUACAGCAUCUAGGUUUAGGAAACACUCACAUACAAGACUUCGACUUCUCCCAUUUCCAAAGUCUAAAGUCUUUAAACAUUUCAAGGAAUUCUCUCGACCAUCUUCCCCCUUCACUUCUGAACCUUCACCUAAAAGUGCUCGAUGUGAGGGACAAUAGACUGUCAAAUAUACCCUCAGGUCAUGCUAAAACAUUAGCCCCGAAACUGCACACUGUUUUCCUCACAGGAAAUCCGUUCAACUGCUGCCAAACAGAAUGGUUCAGGACAUUUGAAACAACAAAGACAAUCAAUAUGGUCGGACAAUCGGAUAUUGAAUGUAAGGAUCUCUUCCAAACGACACACAGGGUGGAGCACUUCCAGUCAUUUUUGUGUUUGGAGGAAAGUGCGGAAUCUGUAUUCUGGUACAUUCUGCUUAUUGUACCUUUUUCUUUUCUGGGCAUUUCAGUUAUUGUUCUGCUCACCUUCAAGCCCAAAAUACUAAAAAAAUCAAUCAAAAAGAAGUAUUUGAAGCCUACAACUUACUGAUACUUUAUAACCCUAAAAAUGUACAGUGCUAAAUAUAUAUUGGAAAUAAAUUCAAUGUGUUUACAAUAAUAAAAGGAAGAAUUCUAUGAUUAUUUAAACAGGA